CCACGUCUGGUCACACCAAUCCUGACAAACAGAAGUGAUUCAUACAAAUCCUCCAAUAAAAACAACGUAGAUUGAUCAAAUUCGUCGGUUUGAGUUGCAAACCAACACCUAAUAUUUUUUCUUCGUUCGUCAUUGUAAAUUCGUCAAGCUGGGUAACGACAUGUCUACGAGUUCCAUGGAAAAACACCUUUUCAAUCUAAAGUUUGCCGUAAAGGAAUUGGAACGAAACUCAAAGAAAUGUGAGAAGGAGGAGAAGCUGGAGAAGGCAAAGGCCAAGAAGGCGAUUCAGAAGGGCAACAUGGACGUGGCCCGCAUCCACGCAGAGAAUGCGAUCCGCCAGAAGAACCAGGCGGUUAACUACCUCAGGAUGAGUGCCCGAGUGGAUGCAGUGGCCAGUAGGGUUCAGUCCGCACUCACCACCCGCAAGGUCACCGGCUCCAUGGCCGGCGUGGUCAAGGCCAUGGAUGCAGCUAUGAAGGGUAUGAACCUGGAGAAGAUUUCCUCCCUGAUGGAGAAGUUUGAAUCGCAGUUCGAAGACCUGGACGUCCAGAGCUCGGUAAUGGAGGGCACCAUGUCCGACACGGUAACCACCUCGGUGCCUCAGGGAGAUGUCGACAAUCUGCUCCAGCAAGUGGCCGACGAGGCUGGCCUCGAACUCAACAUGGAGCUGCCCAGCGGAGUUCAGAGCCAAUCCGUUGGAGCCUCGACAGCAGUGUCCCAAGAGCAAGACGAGCUCACCCAGCGACUGGCACGUCUCCGCCAGGCUGAAUAAAAAUAGCGACGCCCUGCCCGUUGAAUUUCUGUUUUAGCAAUUAAGUACAUUCAAAAUAUAAAUAAGUAUAAACUCAGUGAUUGGAAGUCUAUCGAUGCUGCUUUGUCUACCAUAAUCAGAAGAAUUGCCAUGAAUCUUUAAGUGUAAGUGUGCUGUUUGUAUAGGCUUCAAACGGAUUAUGAUUUACAUGCUUUUCUAAUGCAAUAUACGAUAAUCAUGUUUUAAAGGCUUUGUUGUUAUAGUUAUUUGAAGACCUGCCAAUUUUUGUAACUUGUUUACUUGGAAAGAUAUAGCAUAAUUUGGAAAUAGAAAUGGUUCUGCAGC